AUGAGCGUCGGUGUGCCCGUGACGAAGUCGUUCAACAAACUGAAGAAGUAUCCGUACGAGAUAAACAAGUUCGAUAGGCGAGAAACGAACGAAUAUUUUUACCUACCCGUCGAUUGUCCACGUAUGAAAAAAUGUGAUGAUGCGUAUUGCCCUCUGGCACACACGAAAUUGGAGAAGAUUUUCCACCCCAUAGUGUAUAAAACGCAAGCAUGUCAGAUGGCAAAAGAUGGAGCUUGUGAUUAUUUUCAGAAAUGUGCCUUCUAUCAUGAUUCGAAUGACAAAAAUGAGGCACACUUGAAUUGGACCAUUUGGGAAAAGAAGUGGAACAAGUGGAGAAAUAACAUCGAUAGUAUACUGACUCAUCAUAAUAAGAACGAUAAGGAAAUUAGGAGGAAGGUGGAGAGCAUUCUGAAAAUCCGUAUGCCACACUUUAAUUACAACUCAAAUAAGAGUGGCCUCUUUUUGAAUAAGAAUGCAUCGUUUUACUCUACGUGGUCGAACAGCAGUCAGGGUGGCGGUGUGAGCAGUGGCAACAGAAUGAGUAGUCUGGGUAGCGGUUUGGGAAGCAGUCUAGGAAGCAGUCUGGGAAGCGGUAUCGGAAGUGGUCUUGGAAGCGGUCUUGGAAGCGGUCUAGGCAGCGGCUUGAAUAACCUUCUGUGCAGUUCCAUCAACGCGUCGAUUACGCACUGCCCGACGACGAUGUAUACAAACCCGUGGAAUACUAAACAACCGAAUAGUGGAAAGAAAAAUAUAAAAAGUAGCAAUGAUAAUAAAACUGGCAACAGCAACAACAACAAUAGUGGUAGUUCUAUCUGGAUAAAUGAGCUGAGCGAUUUAGGAAGUGUAAAUUACGACAAAACGACAAACAUGAACACAUCGUUUAUGAACAAAAAUAACAUGUACUGUGAUGAAACGCUGAGUUAUAAUAGCAAUACGACCGAAUGUGGACUGAACUUCGAUAUGCUGGACAAUAAUGCGUAUAAGGUUGUUGAGUUUUGCUUCACCGAUUAUGAAAAUAAUAAGACGAAGGGUGGUUGGAGGGAUAACUAUAACUCCGAUGUGGUAAACGUUCAGGCGACGAAUUCUUUCUUUUCGCACGGUUUGAAGGGGCAUGAGGGGGAGAGCAAGGGACAGUCCAAAGUUGGCACGGGAAGUGGAACAGUUGGUGGUGCUGUUAGUGGAGGUAUGGCUGGAGAAGGUAGUUGUGCUGCUCAGGAGAGUAAUCCCUUCCAGGGGAUGACCUAUAACAAGGCGUACGAAUAUUUUCCAAGUUUGGCAGAAAUGGCAAAUGGAGAAGACGCAACAAAUCAGCCAGACGGAAUGAACGCAAAUCUGUUCAAAAAGGCUCACACAAAUGUGGACAAUUUUAAGGACGAGCUGAUAACAGAGAGGAAUAGCAGCCCAGAAGGAAGCUUCGACUUAAUAGGUUCUAAAUAUUUUUCCAACAACUCAAAUAAUACUUCCAUUUUCGAGAACUAUGCGAAUUUGUCGACCAUAUUUGAUGCUACUGAGAGUAAUAAUAAGACAAGUAGUUUUGCGAACAUGUCCAAUUGCAACACCUUCGAUCACCUCAGUUUUGAUGACACGGGUAGGAGUGGAGCUAACAACUGCUUCUUUACAAAUGAGCAUGUGGAGGAGGGACAGGGGUGCAAGAUUGAUCGGGAACCUGCUGACGUGGGAAGUGGAAUUCGAUUCGUUGACUCUGGCACGAGUGAAGUGCUAAGUGGUGUGGGAAGCGAACUUGUGACAGCUGCAAAGGAGGAGAAUGUAACCAACGGGGUGAACAGCGAAAGGGAAUUGAAAGCAGAAGACGGGGAUAAAAAUGGCAGUGCUACAUUAACAGGGAACACCACAAAGGGCCAAAAUAAAAUGUCAAAGAAGAAUAAAAAUAAAAAAGGGGCAGAUGCAAAUAUAGGAAGCAAUAACGGAAGUAACAACAGUAGUAGUGCACUGAGUGGAGGAAGCAACCAUACCAGGACAAGUACCUUUAGCGAAGUCCUUUGCUCGGGGAGCACUGAACUGAAGAACGAACUGAAGAGCGAACUGAACGAGAAAAGGAAAAACACCAAGAAGGAGAAUCCGAUGAGCAAAAAUUGUAACAAUGAGAAGGACCAAGACGAUAAGAAAAAUGGAAGCACCAAAUCUUUGUGUGCUAGCGAAAGGAACGAUGAAGAUUUUAGCAACGUCGAACAGUCUUCUGUGGAGAGGGAGAAGGGGAAAAAUGCCAAGGGAAAGAAGGGUGGCAACACGGCCAGUACGAACAAAAGUGGAAAUAAAAAUUCGAAAAAAGGCACAACGGAAAGUGGCAGUAAUGGCGGAACACCCAGGAACAGGAAGCACGUCGAAGGGGACGACCAGCAGAGUGACCAUCGAGAAGGUACCGACCAGGAGAUGGGGCAGAGGGAGCAGAACAGCGGCAAGGAAGUCGAAAUGGGCAGUCAUAGGAACGACCAUUCUUCGAGAGACAAAGCUAGCAAAAACGGAAACGGGAGCGAGAAGAGUAGGAGCAGUGCACUGAACGGAAGAGACGUCAUCGUCAAAGGGAGCAGUAGCUGUAGUGGGGUGAAUUCCAUGAAUCAGGCGAAAGUUACCUGUGAGGAAGUGAGCACUGCUGUAUGCACUACUUCCAGAGCGAACUUUGACUGGGCGAAUAGAACCCAAGAUGUGGAAAAUAAGAAGCAGAAUCAUGGCACAACAUUUAACAGUUUAGGUAGUGUGCAAAACAGAGGCAAAUCCAUAGACAUUUACAAUGCUAUAAACUCGAAUCGUGGCGUUGUGAGGAAAUCUACCGCGGAGUCCACCCCCAACAAUGGUAACCAUGUGGAUGACAAGAAGCAAGUGGAGGAGGAGGGCUGUUGCCAGACAGGCAAUUACUCCAACUGCACGGAAAAUAGUGUGCCCUCAAAGGAACCAAGCGAGUUCGUCAUUUCGAAGAAGCAACUCGUGCAGCAGAAGGAAAGUAUGUUUUAUAAUUACACUAGGGGUAGCAUGGAUAGCAAGUUGGCCGGGUUGGAAUCUUCUGGGGGGACAAACAGGGUAGGCGAAAUAGGAGGCAUGCUGUUUGGAAAGAAGAAGAACAACUCUGCGUUCAUUUUGAAGGAGGGGGAGGACCACUCGAGCAUGUCCUUGCAGGGGGGGAGCGGCAGAAUGGGCGACGAUUUGGAUAGCAUUUUUAACCAAAGUUCAAACAUGGGGAACCCGUUCAGCCAAGGCAUAGGCUCUCCAUUCAGUGUGCGGAGGGGAAACUCGUUUAGCGAAAGCAACACUUCGAACGACACGUAUAGCAAUUUUUUUAUAAAAGAGGAAGGUUUACACCCGCUGCAGAGUAGCCAUUUUGAGGAGGUCACUAAAUCGAAGGAGUACAACACAAAUGAGAAAGAAGGGAAUGAUUCAAUGGAUUACACAAACAACCUGCUAAAUAUAUUCCUCUCCUGUAAUAGCAUUAACGAGAAUUUUGAGUGCACAAAUGAAGCGGAUAAUAGGUUCAGCAAUUUUAAAGAGGACACGAACCUGUUUGGUUACAAAGAAAAAGAAGUGACAAAUGGAAGCGAGCUUUUUAAUUAUUCUUCCUCCAACAAUUUUAACCCUUUUGGGAAUUACAAUUUUUUGGGUCCUUCCUGUUUACAGUGUAAGCACUACAAAAAUGAAAUAAAAAACUUAAUGGUUCAGAUGAAACUUUUACGAGAGGAGCUGUUCAAGUGCAAGCAGAUAAUUAUGUCGUCUGGGCUGAAUGGAGGUAAUGGUAAUAAAGUGAAUCCGUGUAAUUACAACUGGAUGAACAGGAAGGGUUUUUCGGAUAUAUAUGAGAAGAAGAAUUUCGUGUCUUCCAUCGAGGGGAAUGAUUAA